AUGCUCUGUUGCGUCGCGGUAAAAGGCGAACAAUCAGAUUUUUUUAAUGUCACUUGUGGUGUGAAGCAAGGAUGUGUACUUGCGCCAACACUCUUUGCUCUGUACUUUGCCGUCGUCAUUCGAGAAACCCUGAAACGAACUUCAGAAGGUAUUCGGAUUCGUUUCCGAACCGAUGGCAAUUUAUUCAACCGUGCCAGACUAAAAGCCCGCACAAAAGUCUCUUAUACCACCAUAACAGAGAUUAUGUACGCUGAUGACCUGUGCUUUGUGGCAGACACUUGUGAGGGUUUGCAGGCGCUAAUAAGUUGCCUCAACGACGUUUGUUGUAAGUUUGGUCUUUCAAUAAACGUCAAGAAAACCGAAGUGAUGGCUAUGAACAUAGACGAACAGUUGUUAGUUCCUGACUUCUUAAUCGGCAACAGCAAACUGAAACAAGUGGAGAGUUUUAAGUAUUUGGGCAGCAUAGUCACACAUAAAGGGGAUCUUGAUGCAGAAGUGGAUCAGAGAAUAUGUGCAGCAGCAGCUGCUUUUGGCAAACUACAACCCAAAGUUUUCCGCUCGCAUGAUCUCAAUAACAUAUGCACUAGUCGCAACAUGCUACGUGACAACCGGCUUAUUAUCCGGCCGCCGCAUAUCCGGCCU